GUCCUGCCUCGGCGGCUGGCUGCGGAGCCGGGAGAGGGGGGGAAGGAAAGCAGAAUUACCAGUAGCUCUGGUUCUGCCGUCCCGGGCGUUCACACGCACACCUUCACCUGCACAGACCUGAAAGUCCAGUUCCGCCAGGGAGACGGAGGCACCGGGAAAAGGGGAGAGAGUUCAUUGGAUCAAACAUGUCACAAGAGACGGACAAUAACAAGCGACUUGUGGCCUUAGUGCCAAAUGACACUUCAUUCAACACCAGACGAGCCUACACCAGCGAAGAUGAAGCCUGGAAGUCGUAUUUGGAGAAUCCCCUAACAGCAGCUACCAAGGCUAUGAUGAGCAUAAAUGGUGAUGAGGACAGUGCUGCUGCUCUUGGCCUAUUGUAUGACUAUUAUAAAGUUCCCAGAGAUAAAAGGCUGUUGUCUGUUAACAAAGUGAGUGAUAAUCAAGAAGACCAAGAUAAAAGAAAUUGUCUUAAUACCACGGAAGCUCAGAGUAAUUUAAGUGGGGGAGAGAACCGUGUGCAAGUCCUGAAGACAGUGCCAGUUAACCUUUCCUUGAACCAAGAUCCUUUGGAGUCAUCCAAAAGGGAAUACAACACAAAUGUGUCUGGGAGCUCAACACCCAUCACAGGGACUGGAGUGACUGUGGUUAAAGCAGAGGAAUUCACCCCUGUUUUUAUAACCCCACAAACACACUAUGCAAGAGGAGAAAACGAGGAGCACCGAGGGGUUAUCUUUGAACCAUACGAAGUGUCCAAUAUUGCUCCCCACACAAAUUAUCUCAAAGAUGACCAGCGCAGUACUCCUGACAGUACCUACAGCGACACCUUCAAGGAUGGAGGAACAGAAAAGUAUCGGAGUGUGUCAGUGGGGGCUGAAGAAUAUAUUUAUGAACAAACAAGCAGCACUUUUCAGUAUACACUAGAAGCUACCAAGUCUCUGCGUCAAAAGCAAGGGGAGGGGCCCAUGACCUACUUGAACAAAGGACAGUUCUACGCCAUCACCCUGAGUGAGACGGGUGACAACAAAUGUUUCCGGCAUCCCAUCAGCAAAGUCAGGAGCGUGGUCAUGGUUGUUUUCAGUGAGGAUAAAAACAGAGAUGAACAGCUGAAAUACUGGAAGUACUGGCAUUCCCGGCAGCACACAGCUAAACAGAGGGUCCUCGACAUUGCUGAUUACAAGGAGAGUUUUAAUACCAUUGGGAAUAUUGAAGAAAUUGCAUUCAAUGCCGUGUCCUUUACUUGGGACGUCAAUGAGGAGGCAAAGAUUUUCAUCACAGUGAAUUGCUUGAGCACAGACUUCUCCUCACAAAAAGGAGUAAAAGGGCUUCCUUUGAUGAUUCAGAUCGAUACGUACAGCUACAACAACCGCAGCAAUAAACCCAUCCACCGAGCCUACUGCCAGAUCAAGGUCUUUUGUGACAAGGGAGCAGAAAGGAAAAUCCGAGAUGAAGAGAGGAAGCAGAACAGGAAGAAGGGCAAAGGCCAGGCAUCCCAAGCCUCGUGUAAUAAUGCUGAAGGGAAGUUGAGUGCACUCCCUCUGCAGAAAAAGAGUGAUAUCACCUUCUUCAAAACAAUGGCUGACCUGGAUUCCCAGCCAGUUCUCUUCAUACCAGACGUUCACUUUGGAAACCUACAAAGAACUGGACAGGUUUACUAUAAUACAGAUGAUGAGAGAGAAGGUAGCAGUGUCCUGGUCAAAAGGAUGUUCCGGCCUGUGGAGGAGGAAUUUGGUCCAUCCCCGUUGAAACAAGUGAAAGAAGAAGGCCUGAAAAGAGUGCUUUUGUAUGUGAGGAAGGAGACAGAUGAGGUGUUUGAUGCUUUGAUGCUGAAAUCACCCACAGUAAAGGGGCUAAUGGAAGCUAUCUCUGAGAAAUAUGGGCUACCAGUUGAAAAGAUUGCAAAGCUUUAUAAGAAGAGCAAAAAGGGUAUCCUGGUAAACAUGGAUGACAACAUUAUUGAGCACUACUCCAACGAGGACACGUUCAUCCUGCACAUGGAGAGCAUGGUUGAAGGCUUCAAGAUCACACUGACAGAGAUCUAGCCUCAGGCAGAGCCUUUUUGUAAGGAACCACAGCAUUUCAUCCUUCUUGGAAAGCAGAAGAUUUCCCAGGAACUCGACAGAUGUUGAUCAGAGAAACUGUUACAAAACUGCUUUUAAAAUACUGUCCAUUCUGCACAUGUGCACCCACUGCAUAUAGACUUGGGUUUGUCAAGCACAAGGCCACCUACAUUAACCUGGUCCCUUAUUUAUUGUUCCCCACUCUCUAGUGUACAAGCAGUUACCAGCCCCCAGAUUUGUAACCAGAUGACCCACUGCAAAUGUGAAACACGACAUUUUAAUCCAUACUUUAGUGUGGAUAAGCUCGUUCUAAAACAUGUUAAAGAAUCAUGCUGGUCUAGUUCCAGAAAUCUGGUAUAAAUUACUUUAACCAGUAGUUGUCUCCGUCAGUGCUACAAAGCUGUUGCAGUGCUAAAGAUGGGGAAAGUGGCUGACAGUUCACUUGCUCAGACUGAUCUGUGUCUCUAUAUAGUGUAUAGUCUUGCCAAAUACCUCUGGUAGUUCUCAGCACGUAGCAAUGAGGACUUGUAAGUAAGGCAUUCAGCUACAAAUGUCACUUGUAAUUAAAUGGUAAAGAAACCAUUUUAACCUUGUAUAUAAUGUUUAUAAUAUGCAAUAAUAUAUUUUAACUACUGUAUGUGGGCAUGUUUACUGCCACUAUGUUUUUGUAUGUAUUGGGUUUAGGGUUUAACAGAAUCUUUCCUAGAGGAUUAAAUUGCUGCAAUCUGUUAAGGGUGUGUACUGAGAAACUGAUAAUUUAAUCUGCACUCAUAUGCUCUAUCCUUGCUCACACAGUUAUAUAUUGAUAUAUUAGAGCAAACCAUGCUACAGCAUCUUGAAUUCUGUGGCACAAGGGAGCCCACCUUAGGUGCCCGAGUCCCCACUGUAGAUACCUGAGUCUCCCAUCCAGCUGUCACCAAAUCCAAGAGGCAUCACAUGUCUGCUGCCUGCUGUGCCUAGAGGUACAGAAGGAAGGCUCCCAAAGCGGCCUUUUCUCAAGCCUGUGGUGGGAAAGGUGCUUUCUGCAGCAGCCUGCUCAUUAAAGCAUUCCUCUAGACUGUAAGAAACAGGACUUCAAACUCUUCCUCUUAAGGGUACUUGCUCUUGUAUCUGUUUAAUGAUUCUGUUUUGAUUCCUAAGACAGUUGGGUGAGGUAUAAACCUGGGCUUGAUGUAAAUACUUUUAUCAAAACUGGAAUAAUUUUGCCCGUGCAGACCGAGUAUCCCACAACUGAGGUGUGGAGAUAGGUCUCUCUCACAAGGGCUGGAUCCAAACCCAAGUUGAACUACAUGGUUAUCCCAUCAAAUUCCGCCCUGUCUCAUGAAUUCUGUGAAGAAAUAAAGUUGUGCAGGCUAGGAUCACAAGGAAAGGGUUCAAGACCUGAAUGUCCCUAGUGCAUCCAAACACAGUACCUCUCUCUCUCCUUUCCAGCUCCUCUGGCUAUUGUAGGGAGCUCCUCACUCGGGAUAUAGUCCUGUGACUUUCAGCUGCAUUUUAUUCUCUAUGCACUGCUCAUGAGUCCUUUGUGACAGACAGAAGUGUGGGUCCUUUCUUACAUGCAGCCUUUAGAGUUUAUUUUUUUUUCUUCUGAAACAUUUUUUCCUUCAGUCACACAACCUUUUUUUAUUAGGUGGUUAGUGGAAUAAAGAAACGCUGCCUAGUUUAACAGGGCUCACUCUCUAGUGUUUUGAGCUGUGUGGAGCUAUUUGUUAUUCAAGCAAAGCAGCUGGGAUAGCUGACCAGUCUGAUUUGGCCAAGUUUUU